GAAGUGUGCGGUGCACUUCUAGUGAACCCAAUAGACUUAAAAGAAAUAGCAGAUAUCAAAAUAACUAAAAGAACAAGAGACGAAAGCAACAACAACCCAACACACAAAAUAACCUACAAGGUUACCCCACAACCAAAGGGAAAGACCAAAAAAAUGGACUACCAACAACA